AUGAAUGUGGAUUUAUCCGCCCUGUUCGGUUCGGGCAUCAUCUGCCAGCAGCUACGCCGACGGUUCUCACGCCGAGGAGGUGAUAUUAACGCAAGAAAACUGCGAUAGUGAGCCGUGACAGCAUGAUUGUUCUGUUCGGUGCAUUAAAUCCCCUGCUUUUCCUGAUUGUCUUCGGACUGUAUCCAUCAUCAACGAUUGGACCAAAGGAGGGAUGGCAGGUGUACAGUUCGGCUCAGGAUGCGGAUGGACGAUGUAUCUGCACUGUGGUCGCACCAGAACAAAACCUCUGCUCCAGGGAUGCCAAGAGCAGACAGCUCCGACAGCUGCUGGAGAAGGUGCAGAACAUGUCUCAGUCCAUUGAAGUUCUGAACCUACGGACACAGCGAGAUUUCCAGUAUGUCAUGAAAAUGGAAAAUCAAAUGAAAGGAUUACGGACCAAGUUCCGGCAGAUCGAAGAGGAUAGAAAAACAAUAAUGGUUAGAAACUUUAAGGAGCUGAAGGACCGUAUGGAUGAACUCCAGCCAUUGAUUCCUGUGUUAGAGCAGUACAAAACAGAUUCUAAGCUCAUCUCUCAGUUCAAAGAGGAAAUUAGGAAUCUGUCUGCUGUACUGACGGGUAUCCAGGAGGAACUGGGAGCUUAUGAUUAUGAGCAGCUCUACCAGAGAGUUCUCAGUCUGGACAGCCGUCUACGCAACUGCAUGAGCAAACUCACAUGUGGGAAAUUAAUGAAAAUCACAGGCCCUGAGACAAUAAAGACAUCUGGGACUCGGUUUGGCGCAUGGAUGACCGACCCACUAGCAUCUUCGAGAAACAACAGGGUUUGGUAUAUGGACACGUACACCAACAGCAAGGUGGUACGAGAGUACAAAAACAUAGCAGACUUUGUAUCUGGCUUGGAAUCGCGAACCUAUUACCUUCCCUUUAAAUGGGCUGGAACCAACCAUGUGGUGUACAACGGCUCCUUAUACUACAAUAAGGAACAGAGCAACAUCAUCGUCAAAUACAGCUUUGAAAGCGGACGGGUUCUUGCCCAGCGUGCCCUGGAAUAUGCUGGCUUCCACAACGUCUACCCCUACACUUGGGGGGGCUUCUCAGACAUUGACUUAAUGGCUGAUGAGCUGGGUUUGUGGGCCGUUUAUGCUACCAAUCAAAACGCUGGAAACGUUGUCAUUUCUCAGUUAGAACCUCAGACACUGGAAGUUCUCCAGACGUGGAACACGGAAUACUCAAAAAGAAACGCAGGUGAGUCAUUCAUGAUCUGUGGAACGCUCUACAUCACCAAUUCCCACCUGACCGGAGCAAAGGUGUAUUAUUCCUACAACACAAAGACCUCCACUUACGAGUACAUAGACAUCCCAUUCCACAACCAGUACUUUCACAUCUCCAUGCUUGAUUACAACGCUCGAGAAAGAGCACUUUAUGCCUGGAACAAUGGGCACCAAGUCAUAUUCAAUGUAACGCUUUUCCACGUCAUCAAAACCGAAGAUGAAUAAAAAUGGACUUUAAGGUUAAGCAAAGAAGAAAGUACAAUGCAGUUUAACUUUAUGCUGUUAUUUUCUACUCAUUCAUGUUUUUUUUUGUUUGUUUUUUCCAAAAGCAAAUGAGACAUAUUACCUUUAACAUAAAUUUGCCACAGACUGCAGUUUGAAAUGAGCAUCUGUGACACACGCAGAAUGACUUGGAUGAUGAAUAACAUUAUAAACUGAAUGAUUUUGAAGUUCUUUUAAUCAUCUGCUCUAGAGUUGGGCGGUAUGACAGAAAUAUGUCAACCAGUACAGAUUCUGCUAUACCAUUUAUAUUGCAGUAUAAACAGAGCGCAAUUUUAAAUGUUCAAAACCAAGCAGAAAACUAUAGCCAACUCUUCAAAGCUCUGACUGACGUUUCCAAUGCAGACAGUUCCACACUUGUACAUUUUCAUUUGAAAAUGCAUUCAUUUCGCUAUGUUUACACCUCUCAUCCACACUAAAACAGCAUUUUUUUCUUAAGCGAAAAUGGAGACUUUUUAAAACGCUCUCCAUUACCACAUACUUUGGAAAAUGAUGCAGACAGAGUUUUCAUACUUAAAUGGAUUAGUGUGGACGUGGCCAUAGUGUAAUUGUUGGUUGUUUACGGCUGCCAAAACUUGGUUCAAUGUUAUAAAAUUAAACUGAUGUGCCACUGUGCAAAUGUCGCCUAUUAUACAACAGCUUCAAGCAUGGUUCAGCUCAUGAAGCUGUUUUUGAACGAUGCCAGACUUUUUUUAUUAAUUUGUCCAAUUUGCACAAGGUUAUAUAUUGGUUUGCGGAUAUCAUAAUUAAGUUAUUGAGAUUUCCAUCACUAAGAUUAUCAAACAGGACACAAUACUACAUAUGUAAUAUUUGAAAAACUUUGGGGUUGCAUUUCCAGCAAAAAAGAAUAUUUUGUGAUAUACUGUAUAUACAUACUCUUACCAUGACAUGAAGUUCCUCAUACAAUGAUAUAAGAUUUUGGUCAUACCGCCCACCUCUAAUCUGCUCACAAUUUAGCUGCUCGGAAAAUCUGGCCUUACUUGCAAUAUUUCGCUACAAGAGCCACAGACGGAUUGCUCUACUGCAUGAAUUUUUUGUCAUUUGUUAUUUGUUAUGUGGUCUUUGUAUAUCAAAAUUGAAAAUCCUAUUUUCUAAUAUUCCUUAGUUGUGUGGUGACUUUAAUUUUGCAGACAUGCCUGGUAAACUUCUGUUGUGUCAAAUUUAUUUGUACAAACUGUAGAGAUCUGAAUAUGAACCUAUGUAAACGACUGUAACAUUCAUUGUCACUGUGAGAGGAAAUAUUUUAUAUUAAAUC